UAAAGCAAUGCUUUUUUUUGCAAGAAUUUAUUUUUGAGCAUGAAUUUAUUAAAAGAAUGAAAAAAAAUGCUGGUAACAAAUGUGUCACAACUAAACUAAACGAAGCCCAGCUAAAGUAUGUAUGCAAUAAAAAUUAACGCGAGCUUGUGAAUUAGCCGCGAGUGUGGGAAUUUCAUUGUGCAAAGCGCAGAGCGUGCGUACCUUUGCAAGCGUUUUAAUGCUAGAAAAUACACCCAAAUAUUUAUUUUAUAAAUAAAAAAGUAAAAUUUGUGACAAAUAAAAAAUAUUUGAAUUUUUAUUUUGCAAAAACAACAAACAAAAUAAAACGCCAGCUCUUUGACGGUUCAACAACGAGUGUAUGCGUUUGAUAUUUACCACCAUCUCACCGAUCAACAGCUGCAGAAUGUUAAGAUUUUGGUGAAUCUUUGAAAUUAGAAAUCUAAAAACUGCCGAAAAAAACUUGCCAGUCCCUUGUGAUUCAAAUCAAAAUGUCAUUAAAUCAGGGAAAAUAUAAGCCAAGCAUUUGCGCCAUCGACGAGGUUGACGAUCGCAGUAUCAAAAACGAUGAUCUCCAAAAGCAACAGAUCGAGGGUAGCGAGACGGCGCCUUUGACCACGAACCAACAGAAAUUACACAUUGAACCGAGCACUCGCACGGGGAAGGAUGUCGAAUCACAGAUCGAUGAUAAUAUCGGUGGCAAUGGCAAUAGCAAAACGGAUGCACAUGCUGGCGAUGCAGGCGGUGCAGCUGCUAAUGGUUUUCGUGCUUUCCUACUUCCAGGUCGCCUCUCAAUGGACGCACUCAUGCAAUUGUCACGUAAACGUCGCAUUCUCUACAUAACGACUGUCUGCUUUUGUGCCCUACUCUUAGUCAUAAUUGUUAUGAUGAUUGCUUUCUGGCCAGAUGUGCCUUUCUAUUUCCGCGCCGAGCUGUGUCUUGAGAAGGAAUGCGUACAGACUAGUCAACAGUUGUUAUUAUGGGCCAAUAUCUCUAAGAAUCCCUGCCAUGAAACGUACGAAUGGGCGUGUGGUAAUUUUGAGCGUGAAUAUGCGGAGAAUGAUUACUAUGUAAUAAAACGCGGUGAAUGGAAUUAUAAGACGUACAAUGAGUAUGAGGAACUGAAUGAACUCAACCGUUUCAUAUCGAUGCUGCCCACGUCUGGCUCCUCGGACACAGCAGAGUCUAUGAUUUCCAGUUUAUAUAGAUCGUGUCGUGAAAUCGAUACGCUUGAUAAGAGUCAAUCGGAUUUGUUGCUACGAAAGGCGAUUAAUUUUGUGGAGGGUUGGCAAGCAUUUCGCGAUUCUUUCCACCUACAAAGUUGGGAAUACAAAAAGGCUUUAGUGCAUCUUCAGGCAAUUUAUGGUAUUUUUCCAUAUUAUAAGAUCAGCGUAGAGAACCGCUACAACAAGCCACACGAGUAUAUUGUAACCUUAGAUGAAGGCGAGAUUGGUUUACCUGAUCGUUAUUUCUAUAGCAUAGAUCAAAAUGAUGAGAUAGUACGUGGCUAUAAACUGUUACUUCGUGAUUUUGCUAUUAAUAUGGGUAUUGUAUCACGCGAGGCUGAACUUUUUGCCGAUGAGAUUUUUCAUUAUGAAAAACGUAUCGUUACACAUAUCGAUUCGGUAAAAGAAGCCGAUGAGAGUAAACUGAAUGAAAUCAAAACGUUGGCCGAAAUGAAAACGAUAGCGCCAUCUCUACCAAUAAUGGAGUCAUUGCAAGCGAUUUUCAGUCGCACCAAAAUUAGCGAUGAAACCGAAGUUUUAGUGCGUGACGUUAAUGUCUUUCGUGAGCUGUCCACGGUCGUUUCUACUUCCGAUAAAAAACCUAUUAACAAUUUCAUAAUCUGGUCUUUGGCGCGUCAUCUUUUGCCACAUUUGUCGCGGGAAUACCGUAAUUUAAUGGAGAAUUUCGAUCAUGCCAUUUAUGGGCACACUGCUACAUAUCCGCGUUGGAUGGUUUGUUCGCAAAUUGUACGCGAUUGGCUGCCAUUUGCUGUGGAAGCUUUGCAGCAGCAACAAAAUACACAGCGUACAAAGCCACACUCCAAACGUUAUGCCAAACAAGAUUACAAACAUGCCGAUGUCAGCGAUGAACCCAGCAAAACACAAGGCAAUGAUGCUUUCCUGCGUCUCAUGUAUUACAGCUUACAGAAUCAGCUGAAGGUCUCGGUCAAACAAGCUGCUUGGAUGGAUAGGCGUGUGAAGAGCUACAUUACGGAUAAGUUGACCACAAUGCGCCUUCAAAUUGGCAUACCCGAGGAGGCGCUCAAUGAGAAAUCUUACAUAAAAGAUUACUAUCAACGUUUGUUGUUGAAUAAUUUAUAUUUUGUUGAACAUUUGGAAUCGAUUUGGAGUUUUCGUAAAGCGCGCAUGGAGGCUAAAUUGAAAGCUAUGAGCAUUGUGGAUACUAUUGUUUCUGAGAUGUAUACACAAGAUGUACUACAGCCCAUAAGAUAUUCGAAUAUUUUGAAUAUGUUGAUCAUAUCGAGAGGAGUUGCGGAGUCCAAUUAUUAUGAUUACAGAUAUCCGAUCCCCGUAAAUUUCGCACGUAUUGGCGCUGAUAUUUUGGAAGUUCUAAUCGAUUCGAUUUACACAUUUGUCGAACAGUACAAAGCCGAGCAUAUGAUUUUAACAAAUGAAAGUCUCGCAGCGAGAUUCGAUCUGCCCAAAGUGGAUGUGCAGUGUAUAUUAGGCGAAGUGCAAACACAUAGUCAUGCCACAGAGCUGGAGGAGCUAUCUGCGCAUGCGUUAAGAAGUUUUCACUAUACAUUGAGUGCGGCGAAAAUUGCUGCACGUGCGCAGAGCACAUUUAUCGAGGCAAUCAAUGCGGGCAACCCCAUUAUUGGCGCAAGCACAGAUCAGGGUUUGACAUAUGAAAAGCUGCGAUUAACACAACGCCAUCGUAUGCCCGGUUUGCGUUCAUUCAACGAGAACGAGCUAUUUACGCUCGCCUAUAUGCAGAAACAUUGCAGCACGCUGAUUGCCGAUAAGCAUUAUGCGCCGAUUAAACCGCAUGUGGAGCAACAGUUGGCGGAGGAAUAUCUUUUCACAGCAACAUGGCAGCACAUACAAUUUCUGCCACGAUCAAUUAGUUGUGCGACACCCGAAACACGCUGCCCUCACAUACUCUAAGCCCUAAAUUAUAUACAAAGGAAUGUAUAUGAAAUUAGUCUUUUUAUUAAGUUUACGUUUACAUUAUCGCUAAGCCUAGAAAAUGUCAGUUCAUACACGCAUAUUGCAAAUAUAUCUGUAUUUGUACAUCUGACAUCUAAUGUUCAAACAUUCACAUUUUAUUGUAGUUUUACAUAAAAAAAUUUAAGUAUAUAAUGUACUAAAAUAAUUAUUUUCCGCUUAUUUAUUAAGUAGAGCCAAAUGUACUACAUAAUUAUGUUUUACACAUAAGCAGACAUACUCGUAUGUAUGUGUGUAUAACUUUUAUACACUAAGUUAGUUGAGUUACAAAGAUAGGGUUUUAAGAAAAAAACGACUUGCUGCGCAUCUUUCUUUUCAUCAUAACAUUUAAGUAUCGAUUUAGUUGUAUAAUCUCUCAUAAUUUAACGUAUGAAAGCAGUUGAAAGACAAGCAUGAAUUUAUAUUAAAAAAUAUAUAAAUAAUGUUAAAUGUAUAAUAGCAUAAAUUAGCUGUUACAUUAUAAGGACUAUAUAUUUAUCAUGUCAAAAUAAAUAUUAUUGAAGAAAAAAUAAGUAAAUGAGUCACUUUUCAUAUAAAA